CGGCCCGCCCCGCGAGGCUAGUCCGCCCGGGCCGCGCGGGGCGCCCAGUGCGCGGCUGCGGGGACCCGGCGGCGGCGCGGGCAGGUAAUUUGGAGCUCUCAUAAUGUUUGCCAAAGCAACAAGGAAUUUUCUUAAAGAAGUUGAUGCCGGAGGUAACCUGAUUGCAGUAUCAAACUUGAAUGACUCUGAUAAGUUACAACUUCUAAGUCUGGUGACCAAAAAAAAGAGAUUCUGGUGCUGGCAGAGACCCAAGUACCAGUUUUUGUCUGUCACCCUUGGAGAUGUACUUACAGAAGACCAAUUUCUGAGUCCAGUGGUCGUGGAGUCAGACUUUGUGAAAUAUGAGAGCAAGUUUCAAAACCACGUGAAUGGGACCAUCGAGACGGCGCUAGGGAAGGUCAAGAUGAAUGUUGGAGGCAAAGGACUGGUGGAAAGUCAGUCUUCUUUUGGAAACCUGAGGAAGCAGGAGGUGGACCUGCAGCAGCUCAUCAGAGACUCCACUGAGAGAGCGAUAAAUCUGAGGGACCCCGUGCUGCAGCAGGUGCUGGAGAGGAAGAAUGAGGUCCUGUGUGUCCUGACACAGAAGAUAGUGACGACACAGCCGUGUGUGCUAUCGGAGCGCGUUCAGAUCGAGGAGAGGUGCGGCGGCGUGGUGGGGAUCCAGACCAAGACGGUGCAGGUGUCCGCAAAGGAGGAUGGGAACAUUGUCAAGGACACCAACGUGGUGCUGGAGAUCCCCGCUCCCACCGCCCUCGCCUAUGGCGUCAUCGAGUUGUAUGUGAAGCUGGACGGCCAGUUCAAAUUCUGCCUCCUACAAGGGAAGCAUGGUGGCUUUGAGCUCGAGAGAAGUGGCUCUGUCUUCAUGGACCCUCUGCCCUUUCAAGAGUUUGCAUCUGGGGACAUGCCAGAUGCUGGGCAGGGACCAUCUGCCCUGGAUUGGCCGUUGAGUGUUUUAAAACAAGCCACUCUGCUCUUGGAGAGGAACUUCCAUCCCUUUGCGGGGCUGCCGGAACAGCAGCAGACAGCACUGAACAAUGUCUUCCAGGCGGUCCUGUCUGACGAAGAGUCACUUAUGGCCCUGGAGCAAGUGUGUGAGGAUGUGGUGAGCGGCCUGUCGCCCCCACUGGCAAUACUGGGGGAGCUGAAGCCCCCACAGCAGCAGGACGUCAUGGCUUUCCUAUGUUUGGUGGGAUACGGAGUACAGGGCGGGUGUCCAGGCCUGGCGGAUACACUCAGCAACCAGCAGCUCUUUUCUACAGCCUACUUCUUGGUCAGUGCCCUAGCAGAAAUGCCAGAUAAUGCAGCAGCGCUGCUGGGUGCUUGCUGUAAACUCCAGAUUAUUCCUACGCUGUGUCACUUGCUCCGUGCUCUCUCUGAUGAUGGAGUAUCUGAUCUUGAAAAUCCAGACUUGGCUCCUCUGAAGGAUAUGGAAAAGUUUAUGAUUGUGCAGCGUUUGUUUGCCUUAGCCAACAUGAACCUGGAGAGACUGCAGUCAUCUGUGAAAGCUGUCACCCAGAAGGACCCCAGCAUUUUCCCACUAAUUCUUUAUAUAAGCCUGAACGGACUCUGUGCUUUAGGCAGAGCACAUUAAUAACAUCAUAUGUGAAUUACAAGUACAUGUUAUCAGCCAAGGCUGGGUAUUUUUCAGCACUGUUAAGAUACUACUGAGUUUAGUCACCAGGUACUCUGUAAACAGUUUUUCAUAAAAGGCCUGUGCUAAUGACCCAGUGUCUAAGUUAGAUUUUAGCAUCUGAAGAGCUAGAGGAGGGUUGAGAAUUCUAAGCUAGUGUACAGACUUUUUUCUGCAGAAAAAAAUUGGUCCGCCUAUCUUUUUCUGCUAUACAAAAACAGAUGAGUUUGGUUUUGCUCCAAAAAUUCAUUUUAAAUUGUAAAUGCCAUAGGAAGACAAUUUAUAGAAGAGUCUGUUUUAGAUGUGCUGAUUGACAAAUGAACUGUAAAUGCCAUUAUAGUACAUAUAUUCUGCUAAACAAAAUUAUACUAAAAUAAUUAGUAGGUGACCCUUCCUUAGGGGUCUAGCUGUAGACAUUUUUUUUGUUAUGCUUUGAUGAGCGUACCAAUUCUAUGUCAAGAACAAUGCUGAUUUCCCAUGCAUUCUCGAUUUUUAAUUUAUAAAAUACUACAUACUGUAUCAAAGGAAACUCUGAACUGUGUAUAUUUUGCAUUUAAUUCUGUUUGAAAUUCUUCUAUAAAUAACUUGGACUAUCUCUCUAGUGCCUCUGAUUCCUUUGCCACUAACCACUGGGGAGCUGAAACCACU